AUGGCUCCGAGGACGAAAGGAAGAGGUCAGGGGAAGGCUGUAGAAGAGGAUACGGGAGUAUUGCCCUCGGAGGUACCACAGAACGAAAGCUCAUUUGCGCAACUUGCCGCAAAGCAUUGGUUGAAGCCUUCAAAAAAGUCCGCGAAGGUAAAGGUCAAACCGGACGUGAUCAAGGCAGAAAUAUGGGAUGUUUUGGAGCAGGAGAAUUUCUCAUUCAGGUCUCUUUUGACGCUUGAAAGUCUUCAUAUCCUUGAGAAUUAUCUUUGGCCGGGUUAUUCUGAAGAUGCUUCAAACUUUCACAUCCUUCUGAUGGUUCUUAUUGUAAAUGUAAGGACUAGAGAACAUCUACCGACCUGGGACAUCUUUGCGGACAAUACAUCCGAUUUCUCAGCCUUAUUUCGACGAAUCCUGUCUAUGACAUUGGAUACUACUCUUUCUGCCACGAUUCGAACUCAUCUCCUAUCAUUUAUCAUCAGCGCAUUUCAGUCCUUAGACAAUGGGAUAGUUCGGAAAGAGUGCGCACCUUUGGUUUCCAUAUCUAUCUGGCACAACAUUUCAAGCGAGAAGAAAAGGGAGAAGAUACUUGAUCACACUGUACAAUUGAAGAAAGCUUGGAGGGCGGCAGCGAAACGAUAUGACGCCUCUGACGAACCUACGAAAGCCCGACUUCGAUUUGAGCGAUCUUGGCUCUUGACUCUAAUUCUUGAUUUUUUCAAUCAACUCUAUGGAGAGAAAAUUAAAACCGAGAAUGUGCAGUAUUGUGAGAGAUUUAUAGAGUUUUUAUCAGAUCUUCAAAGUCAAUUACCAACCAGGAGAUAUGUGAACACACUUUUACAAGAUUUGCACGUUUUGCCAACUAUCAGACUUUCUCCAGCAUUCAAUGAUGAGGAGAAUGGGCUUCUACGAGAUUUGUACGCGCUUUUUAAGCAUUACACAUACUUUGCAAUAAAUGACCAUACAGGUGUUCAGCAUAGCCGUACGGAAGCAUAUGAACGUCAUUGCGCAACACUGGCGUCCCUGCAAAGGACUGCACUCAAGCACUUUAAGGAGAAGUUGACUAUUCUUGCCUUGUCCAAUUAUUCGUCCAUUGAUAAGCGGGUGGAGCUCGAGAGUCAUCUAGAAUCUCUUACAGAUGCUGAGAUGACAGAGCUCUGCAACCUUCUUGACUUACGGACUUCUUAUCCACCAUCUACCAACGUCAUAGUAGAUCGUAGAUUUCUUCUGGAGAUUCUUCUAUCGACACAUGAAAAGCGCAAGACAUUCCAAGAGACUGCCCGUGACUUGAGUAUUCUUCCAACAGAAAGUACUCUCUUUGAAAGAACCUUGCUUAGGAAUGAUGGAUUUGACGGGUCACAGCCCCUUGCCAUUCCAAAGCUGAACCUACAUAUACUUGAAGUUGUACCUCCCCUUGUUGGAGAUGACAAACCAGCUGUCAUCCGAGCCGAGAUCACGAUUGAUGUCAGCCGCAUGGCCGAAAACAUUCGCCGAGAAUGGGAUUCGUUACGACCCGACGACGUGAUCUUCUUGCUCUCUGUCAAAGCUACGGACGAGUCUUCUAUGAUCGCGGAUGGCGGGGCAACCACUUCGGACGCUCAAAAGUUAGGUUUGAGAUAUCUCCGAGCUGCCGAAGUCAUCCAAGUUCAGGAUGACCGAGGGCGCUCAUUGAUGAAUUACAACGGUCAAGUCAACGGCAAUGCUCGCGCUGGCUCGCGAAGACUCCAACUGAAACUUGACGCAGCUAUGUAUAAAGAGGACAAAGAUCGUGUGGACAGAGGCAAGCCUGACAUCUAUGAAACUAUCAACGUUGCCGUUCGCAGGAGAGGACGUGAAAAUAAUUUCAAACCUAUUCUCGAAUCAAUUAGGAGUCUGACUUUAUCUGAUGUCCCACUGGCUCCUUGGCUUCACGAGGUCUUUCUAGGCUAUGGUGAUCCUACGGGUGCCAAUUAUACUAGACUAUCAAAUCAACUCAAAAAGGUUGACUAUCGGGACACAUUUCUUGACUGGCAACAUCUUAUUGAAAGCUUGCCAGGUAGGACUAUCCAGCCAAAUGACGAUGUUACAGGUAGCUUUGGACCACCCUACGUGUUGCAGACGGUGGCGAAAGCCGCCGAGCCACCAGCAAGACCAACGAAAAAGAGACGCAGGGAAGCAGAACCCACGCCAAACGAAGAGCCGCAAGCCAUUCAAGUCUCUUCUUAUAAACCUCCAAGUACGGGACCAUAUCCUAUGGAUGCUCCUAAGUUGAACCAAGUUCGUUUUACCCCUGCUCAAGUUGAAGCCAUCAUCUCCGGCACGCAACCCGGACUUACCGUUAUUGUUGGUCCUCCAGGAACUGGAAAGACGGACGUCGCAACUCAGAUCAUUAACAACCUAUAUCACAACUUCCCAAACCAGCGCACUCUUCUUAUUGCCCAUAGUAAUCAAGCUCUUAAUCAAUUGUUCCAGAAAAUUGUUGCUCUUGAUAUUGAUGAACGACAUCUUUUACGACUAGGGCAUGGCGAGGAGGAACUAGACACCGAAACGAACUUCAGCAAGCAUGGGCGUGUCGAGUCUUUUCUUGAAAACAGAGAUGGAUAUCUCAGAGAGGUCGAUCGCCUUGCUGCCAAUUUCGGUGCUCCCGGAGCACAUGGAAGCUCGGCUGAGACUGCCGGUUACUUCAACUCGGUCUACGUUGAGCCGGCAUGGACAAGAUUCCAGGAAGUCAUGAAAGACCCGGAGUCAACGACAGAGUCGAUCAUUUCUGCAUUCCCCUUUCACUACUACUUUUCGAAUGCCCCUCAACCUCUUUUCCCUCCUGGUGCUGAUAAAGAUGCCGCGAUUGAUGUAGCUACGGGGUGUUAUCACCAUAUUACUAAGAUAUUCACUGAGCUUGAAGAUGUUCGACCUUUUGAGAUACUGCGACGUGAUCGAGACAAGGCAAACUAUCUUCUCACCAACGAGGCUCGAAUCAUUGCAAUGACCUCUACGCAUGCAGCCAUGAGACGACGUGAAAUAUCGUCACUUGGCUUCCACUAUGACAAUGUUGUUAUGGAGGAAGCGGCUCAGAUUACUGAAAUUGAAAACUUCAUCCCAAUGGCGUUGCAAAAGCCGAAGAGUGGUGGGACGCCUCUUCAACGUGUAGUUUUGUGUGGUGACCAUUUCCAGAACUCUCCAGUCAUUCAAAAUCUUGCGUUCCGUCAUUACGCAAAUCUCGAACAAUCCCUUUUCUCACGCCUAGUUCGCUUAGGUGUCCCAACUAUUAAUCUCGAUCAACAGGGUCGUGCUCGUCCGUCCAUUGCAUCCCUCUACUCUUGGCGAUAUCAAAAUCUUGGUAAUUUGCCAACUGUAUCAACCACAUCCGAAUAUCAAACCGCAAACGCUGGUUUCAAAUAUGAUUACCAGUUUAUUCAAGUGCCUGACUACAAAGGUAAGGGUGAAAUGGAGCCAACUCCUCAUUUCAUCCAGAAUUUAGGAGAAGCAGAAUAUGCAGUUGCUAUCUACCAAUAUAUGCGCCUACUCGGAUAUCCCGCUUCUAAAAUCAGCAUAUUAUCCACAUAUGCUGGUCAACGUGCAUUAAUUAAAGAUGUCCUGUCCCAUCGAUGUGCCAAGAAUCCUCUAUUUGGUCUCCCAAAAAUAGUCACAACAGUUGAUAAAUAUCAAGGAGAACAAAAUGAUUACGUUGUUCUUUCUCUCACUCGUACAUCACGCGUCGGCUAUCUUCGUGACGUCAGACGUCUUACUGUGGCACUAUCUCGCGCUCGUCUCGGCCUCUACAUUUUAGGGCGACGGGAGGUCUUCGAAUCGUGUUUCGAGCUCAAACAAGCCUUUGAUAUCUUAUUAUCGAGGCCUGAUAAGUUGAUGCUGAGUACUGGGGAAAUGUGGCCAAGUCAGAGGAUAUUGGCGGAUGAGGAGAGUUUAGAUUCAGUGCCCGGCGAAGCUGUCAUGGAGGGUGUGGAACAUUUGGGUCAAUAUGUUUUCGAAAUGACUAAUUCUAAGAUAAGACAAUUGAGAGAGGAGAGAGGUUUGCCGGAAGUUGGAGCAGAGAUUUUAGCUAUCGAGGAGAGAAAGGUGGUUGGAGAUGCUGAUGAGGAUGUAGACCAGUUCGAGGGUUUAGAGGAAGAUGAUGAGAUUCUUGAAGGCGAGGAAGAACUGGAUGUGGUGGAUUGA